CCCAACGACGCACCCUUGAAUCAGAAGAUAGAAGCAAGACAAAAGCGCUUUCAUCUGCAGAUAUCAUCCGAUGGUUCCGUUAAAGAUAAUCUUCGGACACAUGACUCAACUAUCGGUGCGCUCAAAAAAUCCCAUACAACUCUCUUAAUAUAUGAUCCUAUAACCACACUGUGUUCAUGGCAGUGCUAGUUUCGACUUCCACGAGCAGAGUGUUAUCUCUUUACCAACAAUCUUCUUCUUCGAUUUCAGACCAUAAAACCCCCAAAUUUGGCAUCUCCACGCGGACUCUUCAGCUCGGUAUCGGUCCUUUCUCUCCAUGGAGUGGCCUAAAGAAUCUGGCUAUCUCUAUCACUCCAAAAUCUCUGAAGAAUGAGAGGAAGAGUAGGGGUAAGGGUAGAGUGGUUCAAGCAUCUUUGUUUGGGGUUGGAGCUCCUGAGGCUCUGGUGAUUGGGGUGGUGGCUUUACUGGUUUUUGGUCCAAAAGGUCUUGCUGAGGUUGCACGCAAUCUAGGGAAAACUCUACGUGCAUUUCAACCAACCAUUAGAGAACUCCAGGAAGUAUCGAGGGAAUUCAAGAGCAGCCUUGAACGAGAGAUUGGUCUUGAUGACAUUUCAAGUCAAACACAAAACACAUAUAGCUCCAACAGAGCAAACACUGCCUCAACCCCUUCACCGGUUGGCAGCCCUGAAAAUUCUUCAACUGCAGCUGACCCCAAUGGUGCUCCAUCUCAAACUCGAGCAUAUACCAGUGAGGAUUACUUGAAAAUCACAGAAGAGCAGCUAAAAGCAUCUGCUGCACAACAGAUAGGGCAGACACCACCAACCCCACCAGGAGAAAGCCAGGUUGAAUCUCAAAGUCAAGCUACUGUUAAAAAAACUGCUGCUGCCACACCUCUGCCGCAAAAGCCAGAAAAUGAAGUAUAAGAGACUCUCAAGAAAGGUAAUGUCAGGAAUUGUAAUGGUUCUCAGAUUUUACAAAGCCUGGAAUGAGUCAGCUGAGACGUAAAGCCUGAUGAAAGGAGUGUAUUUUUUUUUUCUUCCCCUUAUUUUUGCUUCUUGCUUCUUUUUUUCUUUUUUAUAGUGCGGAGGGGGUACUCGAAAGAUGAGUCAGUUUCUUAAUGCGCUGUAUAAUACGAUUUUGUAUUGGUUGCCAAAGCUGCGAAGGAAUGUUAAAUUUCAGGGAUGAAUUUAACAA